UGAAUUCAUUUUUUUCAACUUAGCCAAUGACGUGCAGCCGUGUGUCCUCCGCAAACAGAUUUGCAUAGUGCUCUCUUCAUAAUACGAGUUAGCGCCUACCCAGCUCAUUCGCUUCCGAGAAAGAACAAGGAAUUGUCAUGCCUGAGCCAGCGAAGUCUGCGCCUAAGAAGGGCUCAAAGAAAGCUGUCACCCAGACAGCUGGCAAGGGUGGCAAGAAGCGCAGGAAGUCCAGGAAAGAGAGCUACGCCAUCUACGUGUACAAAGUCCUGAAGCAGGUUCACCCGGACACCGGCAUCUCCUCAAAAGCCAUGGGAAUCAUGAACUCGUUCGUGAACGAUAUAUUCGAACGUAUCGCGGGGGAGUCAUCUCGUCUGGCCCACUACAACAAGCGAUCUACCAUUACUUCGAGAGAGAUCCAGACCGCCGUCCGGCUGCUGCUCCCCGGAGAACUGGCCAAACAUGCCGUGUCCGAAGGCACUAAGGCCGUGACCAAGUACACCAGCUCCAAGUAAACUGCUACUUCCGAGUGUCCUAAUACCCCCAAAGGCUCUUUUAAGAGCCACCGUAUCGUUAAAAAAGCAAUUCCACGUCGAACUAAUGAACGAAAUUAAUUGUAUUCUAUUGGAGGUGUACGCUGUCGACUGUCUGAUAAAUUGUUUAAUAAACGGCGUAAAGCCAAGUGGAUACAUUCUAUCUGGGGCUAUAUAAUGAAUGAUUCGGAAUUGCAAGGAGUUGUGCUCCUGGAGGCCCUGAUUGAAACCGGAACACAGUAGAGAGCGAGUCGUCUUGUAAAAAGGGUAGCGCGUUCACGCUGCUGCAGCACAAGACUGAACGGUGAACACGGUUACUGAUAGCCUACACCCGAAUGCAGUUACCCCCGUUACACACGGGAAUCCCCUGACAGAAUAAAUGUACUUGAUAAAGAACAGUGGCAUUAUUCGACCCAGAGGAUGACACCUGAAUGCAUUAUGAAAACACUGUGACCAGCAAUGGUCCUUUUGGUAUAUGGUAAAAAAGACACACUAGCUCAUUGAUUAUAUAUAAAAAGAAACAGACUAGGCAUACACAAUACAUGGGUUUAGGAAUAAAAACAUUAAACCACAA